CAAAUAUUUCAUCAUCACUGUUCCUUAUCAAUCCCCACCACAAGUCCUUGUCAAAAUGACCAACUAUUCUCUGACAGUCAAGGUUCCAGGGCGCGCGGCCAUACAACAAUUCGCGCAGCAGGGUUACAAGCUCUGCUUUGCUUCUGGAGUGGAGCGCGAGGGAUACAAGGUCAUAGCAUCAACCAGCAGUAUUGCGCCUAAUGCUCAGUUCAACUGGAAUGAUGACCUUGGUAUUGCUGCCAGUCAAUCCAACUUCAUGGAAGGAGUCCAAGUUCAGGCGUCGACUAAUGUCGAUUCCAUCAGGCCUGGCCAGACCUACACCUUGACUCCAGACUAUCGAGGCAGUGUCAACGACGGUGGACCUCAAGACGGUAUUCGCUUCAAUAACCAGGCCGAUAGAGCCUCCCCCAUUGUGUACAGAACCAUCAAUGGCUCGAGGGCUCCCAUCUACGUCGGCUCUAUGCAACUCCCGAGAGGCGCCAGUCAGGAGAUUAAGCCUAACAACAGGAUCCGGGUCUGGUUCCAACGCGAUGGCCAAAGUGGUACCAUGAUUGAUGGGAUCCAUGAUCAGAGCAUUGAAAUUGACAUGUCGGGGAGGACCAGCGCCACUGUCGUCUUCAAUGACGAUUUUACGUGGUCGCUGCAGUAAAUACGAGCUUGGGCUUGGGAAAGGUUGACUCGGAUAGUUAGCGUCUUGCUAUAGCAACUGACGAGGCUUUGUGCUGAUGAAAGACAGAUACCAUUAUUAGAUAAAUCCUUGUUUCAAGUGAA